AUGGCAUCAGACAGUGAGGUAAAAACCCUACUGAAUUUUGUCAACCUGGCCUCCAGUGACAUCAAAGCAGCUCUGGAUAAAUCAGCUCCUUGUCGCCGCUCAGUUGACCACAGAAAAUACUUGCAGAAGCAGCUCAAGCGUUUUUCUCAGAAGUACUCAAGGAUUCCACGGUGCCACCCCAGCAAGCCCCCCGAGUGCGUCUGGCGCAGGGGAGCAGAGGACCGGGGCCGUGGCCCCCAGCCUGAGACACCUGACCCCAGCCCCCAUGGUGGGGCUGCUGCCGAGAAGGUGUUGCAGACAGCCGAGGCGGAGGAGAGCCUCACUGGGGAACGGGUUUUGCAGGAGCAAAACCCCGAGGCCACCAGGCCGGACCAGGUGCCCAUGAGGAAGCGACAGCUCCCUGCCUCCUUCUGGGAAGAGCCACGGCCAGCCCAGAGCCUGCCGGCUAGGGCCUUUCCUGCUGGCCCUGAGCGGCUUUCAGCCCCCAGAGACCCUCCUCCCUAUGAGGGGAAGAAAAGCAAACGGAGCCUGGAUGCUGCCAGCCCAGAGAGCUCCCCAGAGUCUGCCCCACAUAAUGGGGAGAAGGACCCUGCUGGGGUCCUCUCAAGCCGGGUGGGUGCCUGGACCUGCUGCCCCUUCCCCUGCCCCGGGCCGGGGGUGUACCAGCCCCCAGGCACGCUGCCCCCCUCACCCUUCCCAGGGCUGGGGCUAUGGAGGAAGAGCACAGCAGCCGUGCUGCCGGCGGAGGUGCCACACUUCUGCAAGGAGGCCGAUGGCACGGGGCAGAAACUCUACAGACCUGUGGUUUUGAAACCCAUCCCUACCAAGCCCGCGGUUCCACCGCCAAUCUUCAAUGUUUUCAGCUAUCUUUAG